AUGGUCCUUCGAGCCGGAUUACCAGCGAGAAAUCGAAGAAGAUUAUCGCCGUCUCCAGGCAAUCCGAGCGGCCAUUUUCAUCAAUCGAAGCGACGAACGACGGUUAAGGGCGAGAAGCAAAAACACUAUCUGACUAGUAGCGUGAGUAGUUCUCCGAAAAGAGAACUGAUAGAAACUUCAGUAGAUGAUGAUAUACAUGAAAAAGAACGUACGGAGUUUGAAAACAAUUACUUUUCUGUUGUUUCACGGUGUCAAACGUAUUUAGAAAAUCAUGAACAAUUUCAAACUUCUUCUGCAAUGUCUUCACACAUAGAAAACAAGGUCACUCUGAACUCUGGCUUAAAGUCACCUCAAGUAAAACUUCCCACGAUAACAUUACCAUCAUUUGAUGGAAAUUUCGAGCAAUGGCUAUUUUUUAAAGACACGUUUCAAUCUCUGAUUCAUACAGAUAAUACAAUACCAGAUAUUAAUAAGUUUCAUUACUUAAGAUUAUCGCUAAAGGGUCAAGCAUUAGACCUACUUACCUCACUUGAAAUUUCCUCAAAUAACUAUGCUGUAGCAUGGAAUCUAUUAGUAGAACGAUAUGAAAACAAGCCAUUAUUAAUUAAAAAUCACAUUAAAGCUUUGUUUGAAAUUAAAUCGGCUCUAAAAGAGGGUCAUAAAGAAUUAAGAACUAUUUUGGACGGUAUGAAUCGUCAUCUACGUGCCCUUGAAGUACUUGGUUUACCAGUAGAUUCCUGGGAUGUGAUAAUCACUUACUUAUUUUCGUUAAAACUAGACCCAGUCACCAGGCGUGAGUGGGAGUCCGAGUAUGCUAAACACGACAUUGUGACAAAACAAAUGUUUGCUAAUUUUCUGGCUGAAAAGUGUCGAAUAUUAGAAACUAUCAAUUCUAUUCCUCAACCUUUAUGUAACGCUAAUCAACAUAAUACUAGUAAGGCAAAUAAACAACACAUUAAAACUUUAUUUUCUACGCAUGUUCCUAUUUGUAGUUUUUGUAAUAAAAAUCACACAAUUUAUAAUUGUAAGAAUUUCAUUGAUCUCAACCCAUAUUUAAGGCUGCAAGAGGCUAAAAAGCACAAGCUUUGCAUAAAUUGUCUUCGUGAUAAUCAUAAAACCGAACAAUGUCGCUCUUCUCCCUGCAGAAAAUGUCAAGUAAAACACAAUACAUUAUUGCAUUUUAGCUUUAACCAUAAUGAUACAAAUCAAAACAGAAUGCCUGCUAAUUCAAAUGCUCCAUUAAAUUGCAAUGUUGCCACAUCCUCUGAAAUUCCUAAAAUCUCAGAAAAUAAUCAAACUUGCCUAUUUUCGGGUAAUUGCAUGUCCAAUCGUGUUCUUUUAUCUACGGCUUUGGUUGACAUUGCUGACAAUCAAGGUCGGAUUCAUUCAUGUCGAAUUUUAUUGGAUAGCGGCAGUGAGUCAAGCUUUAUUAGCGAAUCAUUUUGCAAAAAAUUAAAUCUUAAAACUCAACCAAUAAAUUGCACAGUGACAGGUAUUAAUCAAAAGGCUACAAACAUUUUGAAACAUACUAAAGUUAAACUACAAGCUAGGCAAGUGCCCUUUAAUAUUGGUAUCAAAUGUUUAGUAUUACCCAAAAUAGCAAAUCAAAUACCAAGUUUCUUAUUGGACGUUUCGCACAUUAAAAUUCCUCCUAAUCUAAUUUUAGCUGAUCCAUCUUAUAAUGUGCCUGGAUCUAUUGAUAUUUUGAUAGGCGCAGAUUACUUUUGGGAUCUCUUAAUGCUGGGUCAAAUAAAGCUAGGCAAACAUAUGCCUACUCUCCAAAAAACCCAAUUUGGUUGGAUUGUUUCUGGCAUGUCUCUUCCUCCAUAUGUAGAUAAUGAAAGUAACUCAGUCAUGUGUAAUUUAAGCACCUUACAACAUCUUGAGAAUCAAGUAUCAAGAUUUUGGGAAAUCGAGGAAGUUCAAAAUGUCAAAAAUCUUUCCCCCGAUGAAACAUUUUGUGAACAGUUAUUUCAAGAAACCACUCAGCAAACUUUAGAUGGACGUUUUAUCGUUCAGCUUCCACUUAAGAGGCCUGCUUCCUCUCUAGGCGAUUCCAGAGAAGCAGCAAUAAAACUACUUUUAAAUCUUGAACAACGACUAAACAAAAAUCCUGAUCUUAAAAGACAAUACUUUGACUUUUUAAAUGAAUAUAUUUCUCUUGGUCAUAUGACUCAAAUCGAUGUUUCUAGCUUGUCACAUCAAACAUGUUAUUACCUACCGCAUCAUUGUGUCAUCAAAGAUUCUAGCACGACAACCAAGCUCAGAGUGGUUUUUAAUGCUUCAUCGCUAACCACUUCUGGGUUAUCACUCAAUGAUAUUCUAAGAGUUGGGCCCACUGUCCAACAAGACCUCUUUUCAAUUGUUUUACGUGCCCGUAAGCACAAUAUAAUGAUAACCGCUGACAUAGCCAAAAUGUAUAGGCAAGUCCUAGUCAGCGAGAACCAACGUUCAAUGCAAUUAAUUUUGUGGAGAUCUGACACUAAUACUGACAUUCAAACUUUUCAACUAAAAACACUUACUUACGGAACAGCACCUGCAGCUUUUCUAUCCACUCGAUGUCUUAAAGAAAUAUCGAUAAGAUGCAAACAAUCUGAUCCUAACAUAAGUCAAAUCAUUGAAAAUGAUUUUUAUAUUGAUGAUUUAUGCUCGGGUUGCACUUCUAAGGAAGAAGCUUUUUUUAUAAUAAAUCGUAUUUCUGAUAUUCUUGCAUCUUUUGGUUUUCCUUUAAGAAAAUUCAUGUCUAAUAAUGCUGACAUUAUUUCAAGUCUAGAUUCAACCCAAACUAAAGACACAAUCUUUCGAUUCGGCGAGCCAAACGAAAAUAAAACUCUUGGCUUGCUCUGGAAUUCGGAGUCUGAUUUUUUGCAAUAUUUUAUCAAAACUUUUGAUCAAUCUAAUCCAACCAAGCGUAAAAUUUUAUCGUGUGUGUCUCAAAUCUUUGAUCCCUUGGGAUUGCUUCAACCAGUAAUCAUCAUUGCAAAGACCAUUAUUCAAAAAUUAUGGCAAUGCAAGAUUAGCUGGGAUGAAUCUAUUCCCUUAGAUCUCCAUACAACCUGGUUGAAGUUUCAAAAUAAUUUACAAGAAAUUAACAAUAUCCGAAUUCCUCGCCAUGUGUUACCUGAGAAAUUCAUCAAGGUACAGCUUCAUGGCUUCUCUGAUGCCAGUCAAAUGGCAUAUGGAGCUUGUAUUUAUAUAGUUUCUACAGAUAUAAACAAUAAAAUUCACAGUCACCUUCUCUGCUCUAAGACCAGAGUAGCUCCUUUGAAGGUUGUCACUAUACCACGACUUGAGCUUUGCGCUGCACUGCUACUAUCAGAGCUUAUGCACAAGGUCAAGAACGCCUUAGCUUUAAAUAUAGAUCAAUGCUUCUAUUGGUCUGAUUCGACAAUAGCAUUAUCCUGGAUCAGAUCCAAUCCACAACACUGGAAAAUAUUCGUGGCUAACCGUGUCAAUCAAAUUCAGUCCCUAACUGACAGCAACUUGUGGAAUUAUGUAAAUACACACGAAAAUCCCGCGGAUCUUUUGUCCCGUGGCCUUGAUCCUAAAAACCUAAUUAGUAAUACCUUGUGGUGGCAUGGGCCGCACUGGCUUGUUUCUUCUGAAGAAGAGUGGCCUACAAAAUCUUUGGAAAUUUCCAAUAUUAUUGAUGAUUCAGAAAGACGUAUAGAGAAGCCUAUCUCCUUCAUGGCCACAGCUUCUUCCUUUGAUCUUUUAGAAAGAUUCUCGACAUUAACCAAGCUUCAAAGAGUAACUGCUUACUGUUACCGAUUUUUCAAAAACUGUCGAGAACCUUGUAAAGGCAAAUGUAAAAUCGGCCACUUAGAAAUAGUGGAGCUCAAACUUGCUCUCAGUCCUCAACUAUUAUUAGCCUCUGUUAGGGAUCGAUUUUGGCCUACUUCGGGCAGAAACCUAGCUAAGCAAGUAGUAAAACAAUGUGCACGUUGCUUUCGUUUUAACGCUACUUCAGCUUCACACAUAAUGGGAAACUUACCAGACUUUAGAGUGACACAAAAUAGGCCAUUUUAUAAUGUUGGGGUUGAUUACUGUGGCCCAUUUUUAAUAAAGGAUCGUUCUACUCGAAACUAUAAAACUAGCAAGGCUUGGUUGUGCUUGUUUGUGUGUCUUAGUGUGAAGGCUAUUCACUUGGAACUGGUAUCCAGUUUAAGUACUGAAGCUUUUAUCGCGACGCUUCGUAGGUUCUUUUCGAGAAGAGGUAUAAGCGCGAAUAUUUACUCAGAUCAUGGAUCAAACUUCGUCGGCGCUAAAAAUGAAAUAUCUAAGUUUUUAUUCAAAAAUCAAAAUGCUUUGAAAUCUGAGUUUUCUCAAGAAAAUAUUCAAUUUCAUUUUAUUCCUCCACAUUCUCCCCACUUCGGUGGAAUAUGGGAGGCAGGAGUUAAAUCCUCAAAGUAUCAUAUCAAGAGAGUGCUUAAUCAGACACCUCUUACUUUUGAAGAAUUCUCAACCGUCCUCACUCAGAUUGAGGCAUGUCUUAAUUCGCGACCCCUAUACCCUUAUUCCGAGGAUCCUAAUGAUCCUCAGCCAAUCACUCCUGGCCAUUUUCUCAUAGGCCAACGCUUAACUGCUUUACCUAGUCACGAUUAUUUGGACAUAAAGGACAAUGGCCUCACCAAACUACAACGACUUCAGAAGAUAGUUCAAGGCUUCUGGAAAAGAUGGUCUAAGGAAUUCAUCUCCGAACUACAACAGCGGUCAAAAUGGAAGACGAACUGCAAGGACCUUCUGAAACCUGGGGUUGUCGUUCUUAUCAAAGAAGAUGGAGUACCUCCAUUGAAGUGGAAACUUGGUUUGGUGCAAGCUGUUCAUCCUGGAUCCGAUGGAGUUGUUCGAACCGCCACCAUCAAGACUGCAUCAACGGUUAUCAAGAGACCAGCGGUAAAGCUUUGUGUUUUACCCAGAUGCGAAUAA